UCUGUGACGUCAAUCUGUCAGCCAGUCGGUGGGAACUAUUCCUAUCCCGAAGAUUUUGAUUUUUUCUGAAUUUUACCACUUUCCUGUGUAUUUUAUUCCUGAUUCAUUUAACAAAUAAACGGAACAAUGCCUGCCCCAGCUCCAGCAGAGAAUGGUGCCCCCAGAUCUGAAUUGCAAGAAUUACAGUUUAAAGCUGGACAAGUUACCGAUGAGUCAUUGGAAAGUACUAGGCGGAUGCUGGCCCUGUGCGAAGAGAGCCACGAGGUCGGGAUGAAAACCCUGGUCAUGCUGGAUGAACAGGGCGAGCAACUGGACCGUAUCGAGGAUGGCAUGGACCAGAUUAACACCGACAUGAGGGAGGCGGAGAAAAACCUCACCGGUAUGGAAAAAUGCUGUGGAUUGUGCGUUUUACCUUGUCAAAAGGGUUCGUCGUUUAAAGAGGACGAAGGUACUUGGAAGGGAAACGACGAUGGAAAAGUGGUGAAUAAUCAGCCGCAACGGAUGAUGGACGACCGUAACGGGAUGGGCCCCCAGGGGGGCUACAUCGGCCGGAUCACCAACGACGCCCGCGAAGACGAAAUGGAGGAAAACGUCGGACAGGUUAACACUAUGAUCGGGAAUUUGCGUAAUAUGGCAAUAGAUAUGGGCUCGGAGUUGGAGAACCAGAACAGGCAACUUGAGCGCAUCAAUCUCAAGGGAGAUUCGAAUGCGGCAAGGAUAGAGGUAGCCAAUCAGCGCGCUCACGACCUCCUCAAGUAGACACUAAAAACCUUACACCAGACACCAUAAUGAUUGUUAUUUUAUUUAUUAUAUAUUUAUAUACGUAUAUGUUUGUUCAGGUUCGUCCGUCUGGUUCCCACUGUCAAAUUAUUCAUUUAUUGGGCUCUAUAGUCGAUUGACUAUAGACCCUAAGGAUGUUAUGGUGCUCGUUUCGAAAUGGGAACCGGAGGGUCGACGUGUUGAUGUUUUUUCCAUUUUUAACUGAACGAUUUUGGGGCACCCUGGUCAUAUGUGUUGUUGGAUAGGGCGAAAGCAACGAAACACGAAUCGCGGUGGCAAACCAGCGUGCCAACAAACUCCUCAAGUCCUAAACGGGACGUCGUGGAUUUACUGGUCAACUUUAUAUUCUUUCUUCUCUCACUUCUCGAUGUUACGCCUUAGUGAUACUAGUUUUAUAGUUACCAGUAUUAUUAUUAUUAUUACUAUACAUUUGUGUACCAAUUAGGUUUUCAUAGUUUAACGGGGAAUAAUGCCUAGUUGAUUUGUGAGGUUUAUGGUUGAGGAGAGCUUACUUACUUAACUGUUUUACUAUUGUAAUAAUAAUAAUAUGAGGUUAUUAACGAUGUUAAGAUACAACCAUUUCUAUGUAAAAAUAUACAGUGUGUUAGGUGUUACGAUUUCCGAUACUUUCGCCAAGUGUUGUGCGUCCAAUUUUAUCGAUAAAAAACCAUAUAAAUGGGGGUCACACUCUUUACGUCUUUGAAUCGCAGCCAUAUAAUAAUUUUAUUUAUCGAAUUUUUACGAGUUCGCUGAAACCCAUUUUUCUACCACUUGUGUGCCCUCUAGAUGCAUAAAAGUGAAGAAGGUGGUGAAGAAAUUAUUCAAAAUAAUAAACGAAAAACUAUAAUUUUGGUGAAAAAUGCGGUAAAAUUGUGUAGGCAUUUUUUCAUUUAUUAUGAUUUAACUUGAAAACCAGGCCCUUAACAUACCAUUUUUUUAAGCUAUGCUAACAAAUGACGGGUUCCAUUCAAAAAACUGGCGUUAGCCUUUGUUUUGAAGAAUCAUAUCUAUAAUAAUAAAAAAAAAGAACAUCGGUUAAUAGCCCUCUAUAUGUUAAACUAAUUGAAACAUGCUAAUACUCGUCUUAGCCUAUAAUAAAAGCAUAAGAAAAAUCAAGCAUCAUUUCAAAAGUCGUCUUGACCAUGUGACUAAUAGGAACGCAGAGUUUUAUUUAUAGGUUCAUUGUAGCGUGAUUUAUUAUUUUUGUGUCAUUUCAAACAGCGAAUCCUAAAUGUUACACAUUAAAAUGCCGUCAUUCAACAUCUGUUCGGUAAGAAAGUGAAGAAGUUUUAUAACAAAGACUGAACAUGACAAUUUUCUCCAGAAAUUCAAGUCUUUCGGGGUUCCAUCAGGAGCAAGAGCAAAACAAGCUGUUUCUUCCAGAAAGUCGAUUGUAACGAAAUUAUUUAAUGACGAUCUAUUAGAAUCAAAUAAUUUAAUUAAAUAGCGGUGGCUUACAUUAACAAAAGAGUAGCUGUAAACGAAAAAAAAAUGGGACGCCAGUAAAUUGUUAAUCUUCCAUUUCGUCGACACCUGGGAAGAGAGACAUCAAUUAGGAUUUUAUAAUUUAUUGUUUUAUUAACUUGGGACGUAAUAAAUGAAGAGGGUGAAGUCAAUGAGUUUUGUAAAAGAGGAUCGAUGGAGAUAUAUCAUGUUUCUUUCAAAAGCUUCAAAUGUUGAAUUUUUUCAUGCCAUAACUUGUCUUGUCCAUUUGAUUUUAUUGAAUUUUGUCGAAAUGUAAUUAAGAAGAUUUAAGUGAAUGCCAAAAUUACUACUAUAAUUAAUGCAAUUCUAUAGAUAUAAGAAUUGAUUGCAUUUCUGGCCAAUUACCGUAAACUGGGGCUACUUGCACACAUUUUCAGCUCAUUUCCCAAUGUACCCCCGUACAUUGUAACUUUACAACUUUGCAAAAAUUAUAUUGUACCGACCUAUUUAAGGGCUAUCCAUGGCUGGUAUAAAAAUUGGAAGAAUGCAGCCAUUGGUCCUAAAAAAAAAUUUGUUUGUGGGGUGUGCAAGUUACCCCAUGGUUGGGGCAACUUGCACAUCCAUGAAAAAAUCUUUAUAAAUUGCAUCCUAAAGCAUAUUCUGUGCAUGUUACCCCUUAAUCAUAUGAAAAAAACCUAUAACAAGGGCCACCGUUACAACCAAUUAAAAAUCAAUAUUUUUAAAGAAAAAAUAAUACCUAAAUUGUCAAAAUAUAUGAAACUUAAACACAAAUUCUGUACCUAUAAAUGCUUAGAAAUAUUAAUAAGAACUUAUUAAAAAAUAAACAAACUUUAUCUAGCAAAACUUUGGUAAAAUAAGGCACAUUCUUUGAAAAAAUCACAAGUGUAACUAGGAAGUCCUUGUCGGCAUCACUGUCAUCGACUGAAGAUUCAUUGUCUUCCGAAUCCUCACACCAUUCGCAUUCAAAAUAAGGGUCUUUGCAGUCUUUAUUACAGGGUCCACAAAUCCAAGCUCGACACUUCGUGCAUUGUAUCUAAUCAAUUGCGCCUCUGUAGUCUUUCCAAUUAAUCUUGCAGAUACCACACUGGCAGUUAUUAGUCUUUCUUUCUCUCUUGCUUUUCCUGGUAAGGAGUUGCUGAGUGCAUGGCAAAACACUAGAUGAAGAGGGUCCUGGUUCUUCGGCUGUAGUUCGAAAUUCCUCAGGAACGGUUAGAGGAUUUUCAGAAAUAUUAAGGUCUGUAACAGUGCGAGGCGCAUCACUUCCAGGUUCGACUUUUUUUCCCCUUUUGCGUUUUUUCUCAACCCCUGUUCCACGGUGCUCUUUCAACCAAAUCAACCAAGCUGUUGUCUAAGACUCUUUCGAUGUCUGCAUCUUCUAGUCCACCAGGAAUGCGCUUCAAAACUUCGUCGGGAUUUGCAGGAUACAAACCAGUUGCUCUAAAUCCUGAUUUGAGAUUCUCUGCUACAUUUUGACUUACCCCUUUCCACAAUCUGUCCAGUAGGUUCGGAAAUUGUUCUUUCGGGAUACAGCCUUGGAACCGCGACUCCUUUCUCCACUGAUCGAGAAUCUCUCUCCAUUUUCUUUUCAUAGGCGCAAAUACGGCCACAUCAAGGGGCUGCAUUAAAUGCGUGGCCUUGGCUGGGAAGGGAGUUAUGUAGAUGUUAUUUGUACCACAUGCCUGCCAGGUUGUCACCGUUUCGAAUAAGUUCAUGUCGAACCAUCCGCUCGCACUGCUCGCAUAUUUUGUUCCUCGUGGUCCACCUUGCGUCCAGUUGUCAUAAAGAUGCAAAGCUUUAUAUACAACCAUUGGUGGUAAAAGGUCUCCAUUGGCAUUUCCACAAACCAUUAAACUGAUGGUAGCUCCUGAACUCUUUCCACUCUCUUCGUGUUCCUUGGCACUACCACCUUCCUGGACCCAGGAUCAUCUGUAACGUUGGUUUCAUCAUAGUUAUACAAAUUUGAGCUUUUCACUUCUCUAAUUGCUAAGUCAAUAUUAUUAAAGAAAUUUAACUUCAUUACGAUCCACUGAUGCUCUGGAUCUCUUUAUAUUUGAAGCCAUUCUAACGCUUAAAUGGUUCCUUUUUAUAAAUAAUUGGAAGAAAUCAGGUCCAGGGAAGUUAUUUUUGAAAAUUCAAACAUUUUUUCCUUGUUUGACCAAGAUUUUUUUUAUUACGUCACGAAUAUCAACUUUUGUGAGAGGAAAUCCCCAGUAUGCUACAACACCCGAUGUCUUUGAAAUGAGAGCCUCUUCUUGAUCACUUAAAACCUUUGGACGACCAACUGAUUUCGAGUGUGCACCAAGAAGUCUUCGACCUAACGUAGUCCGUUCUACUUUGAAAGUUUCGGCUGCUAAUUUCCUCGACAUACCCGCAUUUACUGCAUCUACCGCUUGGCGCAAGGCGUUCUCUGAGUAAUUCGGAGUAAUUCGGUAAUUUCUUGCUCCCGGAGUUUUUUUGUACGUACGAACCAUUUUUUAUACUGUAUUUACCUGUAACAACAGAAAGCCGGCGAUAAAACACAAAAUAACAUAACCUAAAAAAAAAGUUAACAAAAAUACACUUGGUGUGCAAGUUACUCCGGGGUGGGCACAUUACGAUAUGUGGAAAGGGCAAGUUUUGGACUGGAACCCCUCAUUAAUAAGCAUCGAAUUAUUAUCGCCACUUACGCUAAUAGUUAAUGGCCUACAAAAAACAGAUAUCAAUUGACAAAAAUUAAAUCUCUAUAACCAUGCUCAUAACAUUUCAUUAGGUAGUAAGGGAGAGAGAUAUUUUUAAGAUAAGGGGAGGUAAGUGCGACGAAUAAGUACGCAUUAUGUACAAAAGACUUUUAUUGAAGAAUUAUAUUCACAAAAUUUGCUCACCAUUGUUCUGAUGGCAAGCUAUUCUAUUAAAACAACCUGCUGAGUAUCGUUCAAUCAAUCGUAUCAAAAAUCGCUUUAGUUGUUGAGAAAGCCGUAAAAAAGAGAAAAUAGUGGAAAUAUUUCUAGAACAAAAUAAGGAAACAUUAUAGGUAAAAGCAUCAAAAAUAGUCACUGAAUAACAACAAUUAAAAUAACAUAUAAAACAAAACAAUAAGACUAAAAGUGGCGUAAAAUUUAUCCAAUAAUUAAAAAGCUUCACUUUAAAAUGUCUUUAAGUUAUUCCUAAACUUAAUCUCCUCAGCUGAAGACGCUCUUCUCUGAUUUCUGGAACUUCCUGGUAAACUUUCUAUUUCGUGGUUCCUAAAAAAAAAUCCAAAGGAGUGAAAUCGGGAGAAUGAGGUGGCCAGACGAUUGUACGACUACGUCCAGAAGAAUAGUCAUAGAAGUAGCAGAAAAAAAAACGUUUAACUGAACUAUCUGUAAGAAGUCAAUAAUUUCUUCCAGGAAUUUAAAGUUCUUGAAGAAGAAAAAGUAGAAGCAACAGAAAAAAAAAACUUUUGGCUCAAUUGUCAGUAAGAAGUCAAUAAUUUCUUCCAGGCAUUUGAAGUCCUUUGAAGCGGAAGAAUAAGAAGAAGCAAAAGGAAAAAAAGAAACAUUUGACUCAACUGCCUGUAAAACAUCAAUAAUUUCUUCCAAGCAUUUGACGUAUUUGAAGAAGAAGAAAGAGGAGAAGAAGAGAAAAAAUGUUGGGCUCAACUGCCUGUAAGAAAUCAAUAAUUUCUUCCAGGCAUUUGACUUCUUUGAAGAAGAAGAGAAGAAACUUUGGGCUCAAAUGCCUGUAAGAAAUCAAUCAUUUCUUUCAGGCAUUUGAAGUCCUUUGAAGAAGAAGAACAAGAAGAAGUAAAAGGAGAAAUGGAAAAAUUUGACUCAACUGCUGGUAAGUAAUCAAUAAUUUCUUCAAAGCAUUUGAAGUCUUUGAAGAAGAAAAAAGAGAAAAAAUUUUGGGCUCAACUGCCUGUAAGAAAUCAAUAAUUUCUUCCAGGCAUUUGAAGUCCUUUAGGGAAAUGUGAGGUGUGCCCUUACCUUUCCCUACCUUAAAAAAUUCCCUCUCCCUUACUACAUAGGUACAGGGAUUUUAUUUUUAUCAAUUUUUACCUGCUUUUGCCAGGCCAUUUACGUAAAUAUUAACGUAAGUGACGAUAAUAAUUUGAUGUUUAUUUGUUAGUAUAGAUUAUUGUAACAUAAUAACUGAAAAAGUGCACACAAUUUUACCACAUUUUUCUUCAAAAUCCCUGGCAAGCAUUAAAAAAUGCCUGGAAAAAUGAAUUUUUAAUCCUGUCUAAGGGUUUUUUUGGCCAUCUCUAGUUCGUUCCAGGCCUUGAAAAUUAUUUGCAUUAUUUUCCAGGUACUUUUUCAAAAAAACAAAUUUCAAUAAUUUACGGUCGAUUUUUUCAGACAACUUGAACUUUUAAGAUAAACAAAUUAGGAAAACAUGAAAUGCCUGAAAAAGGCAAAAAAAAUUGUUUCUAUUAUCAGGGGAUUUAGGAUCAUUUCUAACUCAUUCCAAGGAUGUAGAGUCGAUUUUUCCAGGCAAUCUCAACUUUAAUGAUAAGUGAAAAUCCCUGGAAAAUUUUAGUUAGCAAGUAAAUUUUGGCUCCUCAUACAAUUAAUUAAUCGAUACCCAAAUAAAGACUUCAGUAUAGUUGAAAAAGAACAAAGGACUCAAAUAAAAUCAUGUUGAUUAUACAAACCAAGUAACAUUACAAUGUAAUAUCCAAAGAUGUAUGUUAAUCAAAGUUUUGCUUUUAUUGGACAUAUGGGUGUACAUUCAUAGGAAGUUCAUUCAGUCUUGCUGAAUACUUGUUACGAAAGUAACUUUCAUUCAUCUACUGACUAUAGAAAAAUGGAAUUUUUUUGACUUAAAUUCAGAAACGGCAUAAGAGAGUAAAGGCAGAGAAAGUAUCGGGUAAUAAUUACACCAUUAUUCUGUGUUUUAAUUGUUAUUAUUCUAUUUUUUUUAAUUAAUCAUUUUGUGUGCUCUUUGACAAAUUUUCUUUCAUUCUUAUACCUAUUGACAUCUGAAUUUAAGAUCUUGUAACAUACAAAUUUAAUUUUCACACAUAUAAUUUUGCUCCUAUUAAUAAUAUUGAAAAUGGAAUUUCUUAAUAUGGCUUCAAAUACCUGAAAUAACUAAUAACAAAAUUACUCCAAAGAACUCUCUUAAAUACGUAAUUCAGAAAUCCCAAUUUGGCUCGUCCUCAACCAUCCUCAACUUUCAACAACUUAUUUUCGGUUUUAAUGGUACUAAACGAUACAUACUACAAGUAGCAAAUGUAUUUUAAAACGACGAUUAAAUUAAAGAAGGAACAAAAUAAAAAUUAAUUAACGAUAAUUCGAUAUCAAUAUUUAUAAGUCGCUAUUACUUACUAUAUAAAUUAGUUAAUUAUUUCCUUAAAGGUAGCGUUAAGCGCACAUAUUGCAUCAAAACAUUCCAGUUUAGUGCAAUAUUUUACUCCAGUUAUAUUGUUGCUAGUUAGGGAGUUUUUUCUAAAAACAAAAAAAUUGUAUAUUUAUACCAUUUUAGUGCUUCUCCCUCAGUUUCCCUUUUAAAGGCUAAAUGGAUAUAAAUAUACAUAGUAAGUGCAUUUAUAAGCUUUAAAUUUUUACAUGUUAAAGGAUGAAGGAACGUUGUUAGUUGUAUAUAAGUUAAUUCGGUUUUAUCACGGUUAAGUGUAAAUAGGGUUACAGGAAAAUGGUAGUUAACCCAACGUCUUCCCAUUAUUUUUUUUUUAAUGUAUUUUUAAUUAAUUAACACUUCAAGAAGUAUUUCUCACAAGUCGGACCAUGAAAAAGAAACGAAAUUUUAGAUACUGUAGAGCUGUUUCAAUUCUCUUCGCUUAUUAGAAUCGCUAUUUUUUUACUGUGACCACAGGAUCAAAGGGUCACUGUAUCUACAUCUAUGUCUGUAUUUAAUAAGGAUCUGCAUCCGAGAAUUGUGAUAUGGGACGUCGUUGUAAAAAAGAAUUGUAUAGAAAUAAGUAGAUUUUAAAUAGCACAGACAAAGAAAAAUGUAAAUGAACCGUUUUAUUGAUUGCCUCCUAAAUUACUACUUCGUUGAAUGCACCUUUCGAUUUUUUACACUUUAACGAUAUAAAUAUGAUAAAUUGCUUUAAAAUUCUUGUAAAAGGUUUGAUCGGAGGAUGUAAUAGUUAAUAAGUAAGAUGAAACGACUAACAUGUAUUUCUUUAAAUAUAAAAAAUAAGCAAUAAUA